UCCACGCCUCCUCUCCCCCACCGCCCCCUCUCCUUUCUCUCUUCCCUUCCUCCCCCUCCUCCCCUCCAGCCGCUGGGAGCCGCGGGUCGGACGAGCCGCCGCCUCCUUCUCUGCGUCCAUGUAUGAGGGGAAGAAGACGAAGAACAUGUUCCUGACCCGGGCCCUGGAGAAGAUUUUGGCCGACAAGGAAGUGAAGAAGGCGCAUCACUCCCAGCUGCGCAAAGCUUGCGAGGUGGCGUUAGAGGAAAUAAAAGCAGAAACUGAAAAACAGAGCCCUCCUCAUGGAGAAGUAAAAGCUGGUUCAAGCACCCUUCCACCAGUGAAGUCAAAGACAAAUUUUAUUGAAGCAGACAAGUACUUCUUACCCUUUGAAUUGGCAUGCCAGUCCAAAUGUCCUCGCAUAGUUAGUACAUCUCUAGACUGUUUACAGAAACUUAUUGCUUAUGGGCACUUGACAGGCAGUGCUCCAGAUAGUACAACACCAGGCAAAAAAUUAAUUGAUAGAAUUAUUGAAACAAUAUGUGGCUGUUUCCAAGGUCCUCAGACAGAUGAAGGAGUUCAGCUGCAGAUAAUAAAGGCUCUACUUACUGCAGUAACAUCACAGCACAUAGAAAUUCAUGAAGGAACUGUUCUGCAAGCUGUGAGAACAUGUUACAAUAUCUAUCUAGCAAGCAAAAAUCUCAUCAAUCAGACAACAGCCAAAGCUACUCUUACUCAGAUGCUAAAUGUUAUCUUUGCUCGCAUGGAAAACCAAGCAUUGCAGGAAGCCAAACAAAUGGAAAAAGAAAGGCAUCGACAGCAUCAUCAUCUGUUGCAGUCUCCAGUAAGCCAUCAUGAACCUGAUUCACCUCAACUUAGAUAUUUGCCACCUCAGACUGUCGAUCAUAUAUCCCAAGAACAUGAAGGAGACCUUGACCCCCAUACAAAUGAUGUAGAUAAAAGUCUUCAGGAUGAUACAGAACCUGAAAAUGGAUCUGAUAUUUCCAGUGCAGAAAAUGAACAGACUGAAGCUGAUCAAGCAACUGCUGCUGAAACACUAUCUAAAAAUGAUAUAGUAUAUGAUGGAGAAAACCAUGAUUGUGAGGAAAAGCCACAAGACAUCGUACAGAGCAUUGUAGAAGAAAUGGUGAAUAUAGUUGUUGGAGAUAUGGGAGAAGGGACUGCUAUAAAUGCAAGUGCAGAUGGCAACAUUGGAACUAUAGAGGAUGGUAGUGAUAGUGAAAAUAUUCAAGCAAAUGGAAUUCCAGGAACACCAAUUUCUGUUGCAUACACACCAUCCUUACCCGAUGACAGAUUGUCAGUCUCUUCUAAUGAUACUCAGGAAUCUGGAAAUUCUUCAGGACCUUCACCUGGUGCUAAGUUUUCCCACAUUUUACAAAAGGAUGCCUUUCUAGUAUUCAGGUCAUUGUGUAAACUGUCAAUGAAACCACUGUCAGAUGGACCGCCAGAUCCAAAGUCUCAUGAAUUACGAUCCAAGAUUCUUUCAUUGCAGUUACUUCUAUCCAUUCUGCAGAAUGCAGGACCUGUUUUCAGGACAAACGAGAUGUUUAUUAAUGCUAUUAAGCAGUAUCUUUGUGUUGCACUCUCAAAAAAUGGAGUCUCAUCUGUUCCAGAGGUUUUUGAGCUUUCUCUUUCUAUAUUUCUUACUUUGUUAUCAAACUUCAAGACACAUCUGAAGAUGCAAAUUGAGGUGUUCUUUAAAGAAAUUUUCUUAUAUAUUUUGGAAACGUCAACCAGUUCAUUUGAUCACAAAUGGAUGGUUAUUCAGACACUGACGAGGAUUUGUGCAGAUGCUCAAAGUGUAGUGGAUAUUUAUGUAAACUAUGACUGUGACUUAAAUGCAGCCAAUAUAUUUGAAAGACUAGUAAAUGAUCUAUCAAAAAUUGCUCAAGGAAGGGGCAGUCAAGAACUUGGUAUGAGUAAUGUUCAGGAAUUGAGCCUAAGGAAAAAAGGUUUAGAAUGCUUAGUGUCCAUUUUGAAGUGUAUGGUUGAAUGGAGUAAGGAUCAGUAUGUAAAUCCCAACUCUCAGACAACUCUUGGUCAGGAAAAACCCUCAGAACAAGAGAUGAGUGAAAUCAAACACCCUGAGACAAUAAACAGAUAUGGAAGUUUAAAUUCCCUGGAGUCAACAUCAUCAUCAGGAAUAGGCAGCUAUAGUACACAGAUGUCUGGCACUGAUAAUCCAGAACAGUUUGAAGUCCUGAAGCAACAAAAAGAAAUAAUAGAACAAGGGAUAGAUUUAUUUAAUAAGAAACCAAAGAGAGGAAUACAAUACCUCCAAGAACAAGGUAUGCUUGGCACUACACCUGAAGAUAUUGCCCAGUUCUUACAUCAAGAGGAAAGAUUAGACUCUACUCAAGUGGGUGAGUUCCUGGGAGAUAAUGAUAAAUUUAACAAAGAAGUCAUGUAUGCAUAUGUGGACCAACAUGACUUUUCAGGAAAAGACUUCGUUUCAGCCCUUCGCAUGUUUCUGGAAGGAUUCCGUCUUCCAGGAGAAGCUCAGAAAAUUGAUCGAUUAAUGGAAAAAUUUGCUGCAAGAUACCUAGAAUGCAACCAAGGACAAACCCUUUUUGCUAGUGCAGAUACUGCUUAUGUUUUGGCUUACUCAAUUAUCAUGUUGACCACAGACCUUCACAGUCCACAGGUUAAAAAUAAAAUGACAAAGGAACAGUAUAUUAAGAUGAAUAGAGGCAUCAAUGACAGUAAAGACCUUCCUGAAGAGUAUCUAUCAGCCAUCUAUAAUGAAAUAGCUGGAAAAAAGAUAUCAAUGAAAGAAACAAAAGAACUAACAAUCCCUACAAAAUCAAGUAAACAAAAUGUAGCCAGUGAAAAACAAAGAAGACUUCUGUAUAACUUAGAAAUGGAACAGAUGGCCAAGACGGCUAAAGCACUCAUGGAGGCCGUAAGCCAUGUACAGGCACCUUUUACAAGUGCAACACAUUUGGAGCAUGUGCGGCCCAUGUUUAAG